UUUAAGCUACGUCACUUUAACUGAAUCUUUUUCGUCUCAUUUUUUAUUUCAUUUGUUUUGUUGUUGUUUUUUUUAUUUUAUCUCAUUUUGUUUGUGUCACCUCUCAAUUUCCAUCAUGAAAUAUCCGACACCUUUAUCUGUUGCUGCUACUUUUGCAGCUUUAACUCUCAUCAUGAACGAGAUGGAUUACAUAUCAUGUAAACAAGAUUUUUACGAUCUCCUUGGUGUCAGUAAAACGGCCACUGAUCGAGAAAUUAAAAGAGCCUUUCGGAAAUUGGCCUUAAAAUAUCAUCCAGAUAAAAAUAAGUCCAAAACUGCGGAGGAAAAAUUUCGAGAAAUAGCCGAGGCUUAUGGUACUUUAUCCGAUCCUGAUAAACGUAAGAAAUAUGAUCAAUUUGGACAUUCAGCUUUCUCCUCGGAAAUGCCUUCAGGUCAAGGUGGAGGUUGGACUGGUGGUGGUGCUCAUUUUAGAGCAGAUUUUGAUUAUAAUGAAUUCUUCAGACAUUUUGAUGAUGCAUUCCGAUUCCAUGGAUCUCAUUAUCAAACACAUUACCAUAAUCAUGGAGGUGAUGAAGAUCCUACUCACCAUCAUCAGGGUCAUGAUCAUAGACAUCAUCGAUUUCAAUUCGCUGGAUUCAAUUUUGAUGAUCUUUUCAGCGAAAACAUUUGGGAUGCUGAGGAUAUUCACCAAUUCGGUCACCAUGCUAGUCAAGGUUUCGGUCCAGAGUUUCAUGGAUUUGGUUCUGGUGAAUCGUUUUUCGGUUCUCAUUUCGGUCCAGGUAGUCACCAACAUAGUUCAAUGGAAUUCAAUCAGAAUCCAGGCUCAAGACAAGGCUGUAAGACUGUAACUAAAAGAAUGGGAAAUACCGUUAUGACGAUGACUGAAUGUUCAUGAUUUAAAUGAACAAUUUCUCAAGACUUUCUACUAUUCCAAGAACCUGGCAAAGUCUCCAAUUAAAAUCUGUGCCUUUAGAAAGUGAGAUUUUGAUAUUUGGCUGUAAAAAACAAAUUCGAUAGAUGAAAAAAAAUAUCAAAACCAAACCAAAUAUACUCACCAAAUCUAUUAAUCAUCAAUGUAAAAUUUUCCAUGUAAUCAGUUUGUAAAUUUGUUAACGAUUUUCAUGAGUUUAUCAAAUAAUCGAUAAUUGUUCAUUCUCAUCGGACCAAUUUAUCUAUAAUUUAUUAAAUUCUCUUUUCAGUUGCA